AACUCAAGCUAAAGAGAACAGAGGUAAUUUCCCUUCACAGACCAAAAGUCAAGCUACAUAGAAGAGAGGAAAUUUCCCAGAUAUUUCAUUGCCGGGAAACGCUGUGCGGCAAGGAGACGUUGAAGUGUCAUUUAAUAAUGAAAAAUGCUAAACACCCCGGAAUCACCUAAAUCUGUGCUUUAUCAUCUACACAAACCGCUCUGCACUCUGCACACAAGGUCUAUUCUACAUAGGAGCUGAAGUGCCCUCCUUUUUAGGUGGUGGGAUGGAGAUUUCUUUAUUAAACAGCCUUUUUCAUCUGUCAUCACUGGAGAACAUAGACUGUGAACUGGUUCAUAAAUAUUAUAAAAAAACUGAAGAAAUGUUGAGGCUGUUUAUGCCGAUUCUCUAUGGCAUUCUUGAUACUGCAAUAGCUUUUGAAGAACCAUUUCAAAGGGCAUUUGCCAGGCUGGGGUGUGCAGUUCAUGAACUAACGAAGCUACUCGAAUCCUGGCAACUUUUGAGCUGUAGAGUUCAUUUUGUUCUGCAAACUGAAGCAUUGAUUUCGAAAGUUCGAAAUUGCACCCUGGAAAUUGUUGAGCUAGUUGUGGCUUCUGAUCAGCACCUCCGUGCUGAAUUAAGUUUGAUAUGUCUUCAGCAUUGCGCACAGAAAAUGAAGUCUAUAGAUUGUGAACCGUUAUCAACAAGCAUAAAUAUUGCUACAAGAGAUGCUGAAUAUAUCUCAGAUAGCGCGAAGAACAUUGCCAAUUGCCUAUGCUUAAAGUCAAACCAGGAGUUUCUUAUUGAGCUAGUGGCCCUUGAAAAACUGAAGGAAAAUGCUGCAGAAGGAGAAAAAAGUGAAUAUUUUGAACAGAUUAUUGCUGUUCUCACUCAUAUGCAUGACAGCUUUGUUAGAAUGGAAAAAUUCAAGAAAUAUUCCUCUUUGCCACUAAUACCUGCUGAUUUUCUUUGUCCUCUCUCACUUGAGCUAAUGGUGGAUCCUGUAAUUGUUGGAUCAAGGUGCACGUAUGAACGGGUGUUUAUUCAAAAAUGGAUUGGCCUCGGCCUCACUGUCUGCCCCAAGACUCGAAAAACUCUGACACAUGUGAAUUUCAUUCCUAAUUACACUUCAAAAGCACUGAUAUCUAAUUGGUUGGAAUUCAAGAACAUCAAGCUGUCAAAUCUAAUGGAGUCUUCAGAUGGAAACAUUUCCAGAACUUGGCUUUAUGGCCCAAGUUCAGAUGCUGAAAGGAUGUCUCUGAAGAGUUGUGAAGAUGGCAUGGCAAACUUGGAAGACAGAAGUUUGAGCUCACUCAGCUACCACUCUAUGCAUUCGUCUGUGACUGUGAGGGGUGUUUCCACUUAUGGAAGCUCCCAAACGACCCGUAGUCAAGAAACCGAUGCAUCAACUGGUUCCCCCUGCUAUUCAAUUUCAUCUAGUGUAAUUCAAGGAGAGGCAUCUUAUCCUGGAACAGCAAUUCAUGGGGGGAAUUGGGAUUUUGAGAGGAUAUCUCUCCAGAGUUUUGAAGGUGAGCUGGUAAACACUGAAGACACAAGUGUGAUUCCACUUCGAUACAAUCCCGUGAGGCUAUUCAUGAAUAGUCUAUCAUCAGCUGUUAAAUACUUGUAUGCAUCUCCUGGUUCCACUCCCUCCUCUUUGAGGUCAACAAGGAGAAGUUCUGGUUCUGUCUCAUACAGUGCAGCAAUUCAGAGGUAUGCAUAUUCCCCAUCUCACCUGCAUUCGUCUUCCGAGCUAUCAUUUCUUGAGAAUGCAGGGAUGGAUGUUGGGUGGAGGUCUUUUCAGUGCUCUGAAGAUUGGCUGGAAAACUCAACAGACAGAAAUGUCUACUCAGUUAACCAUUCUCCUUUGGUUCUAUCUAACAAUAAUAGUCUGUCACUGUCAUCAUCUGAUCGAGACUUCUUCCAUCUUAGCCUCAGCAGAAGUUCUGCUGCAUCCAAUAAUAGCACAUUGUCUAAUCUAGAUUAUUCUCAGGCAGCUAUUGGUGAUGGGCAUUAAAUUAGAUGUAUUGUCAUUUGUUAAAAGGAGAUGGAUGAUGAUGUGAGGAGGAGGAGGCCGGGUUAUUAUGGUUUAUCUUUUUCAAAGCAAUUUGCACACUUAAUACAUUUCUAUCUAUACACACAUAAAUCAAGAAUGGUUGGCUAGAUUGAAGCUUGAUUUGCUAUACAUUUUAAUAUUUUGUUUCUUCUUUCUCCUUUUAGUACAUUUGGUUGGGGGAAAACAAUUGAAAUUUAUGUCCCUCAUGUAUAAGCUAAUUAUAAAUGUCACCUCUCAAUUUUAAAUAGUAUAAAUGUUGUCA